GUAAAUGCCGCAAAACAACACGUCGUCGUCGUUUCUCGGACGACUUACGACUUCGACAAGAUCGAGCUUCAUGUCGCCUAAGGAUGUCCGGUGCAACGUUCAUUUAUUGCACGACUCUGAUAUUAUUGGUAACGAGUUUCCUAGAACGCAAUCCGCUCAAACUAUAUUGGAUUACGUAUGUCAGUUGAAACAUAUUCAAGAGAAAGACUUUUUGGGUCUCCGAUAUCAGGAUCACCAUAAGCAUCGUUACUGGCUAGACCUGACUCGAUCGAUUAAUCAUGUUGUUAAGAACUUUAAAAAAGAAAUUAAAAAAGUCGGCAAAACUGAAUCAAUGACACUUCAUUUGCGUUUCCGAUAUUAUCCAUCGGAUCCAGCACGUCUAAGGGAUCCAAAUCUCAGGUAUCAACUAUUUGUUCAACUUCAAAGGGAUCUUCUUCAUGGACGUCUGUACUGUCCGACCUCUUCAGCUGCUGAACUUGCUGCUCUCAUUUUACAAGCACAACUUGGAGAUUAUAAUGAGGAAAAGCAUGUUGGAAACUAUGUUAGCGGAUAUAAAUUACUUUUGAAACAGACACCAAAACUUGAAGAACGUAUUGCAAACAAUCAUAAAGAAUUGAAAGGAAAAUCGAGCGAAAGCGCCGAAUUGGAGUUUCUGGAGAAGGCCAGCCAGCUCGAUACGUACGCAUUUGAUCCAUACACUAUUAAGGAACCCCACGACACAUUGCCAGUUUACAUCGGUGCAUCAUGCAAAGGAAUUCUUAUUUACACUGGACAAUCUCGUACUCAUAAUAUUGAUUGGAGUGAGCUUGUCAAAGUUGAUUAUUCGGGAAAAGAGAUCCGUUUGACACUUUCUGAAAAUUAUCGUGGGCAGAUCACAGCUGCUGGAACACCCACUGGGACACUGAAUGGACAUGGUCCAGGAUCACCAAGUAUUAUGGAUAAAAGUCUAACGAAGAAACCGCUGACUCUGAAAUACACUUGUCCAUCGGGUCAAUUCGCGAAACAUCUCUGGAUUCAUAUUCUCUCGCAGCAAGCAUUUUUCAAUGAAACUUCUGCUCAGGAUGUCAAACUGAAAUUCUCCAAACCUCGUAUACCACUGCUCUCUCGCGGAUCCACUUUUCGAUUUCCUUCAAAACGUGUCUAUCGGGAAAUUGAAGAAGAAGAUUCAAAAUCGAUUCUUUUUGAUAAAAGUAUCAUGGAAACGUCGGCAGUUAUGAAUGAAACUACGACUUCCAAUGAAAAUGAGGAAUCGAUUUUGAAUUGCUCCACAAUCAGUGCUCCACUUUCAUCGGGUUCUGGUGUCGUUCGUUAUGAUCUUCUACGACAAACGCCACGUGUUGAGCAGCCAUGGCUGAAACAAAAUUCACUCAAAGUUACUACAGUUCAUGAUAAUACAGCUUCAUCAUCAUCAUCUCCGGACAAUUCGGAAACUCAGAACAAUAAUCUAUCAAAAAUUACAAAUUUAAAUCUAUCAAUUGAGAGAGAAGUGAGUACAUCCCCAUCGACAUCUCCUGUGCCAAUUGUCCACACUCAACAGCAUUCCGACCACAAUUCAACAAGUUUCACUGUUCAUCUUAUCAAGCGAGAGGAAGUUGCAACGUCAUCAUCAUCAACGUCAUCUACAACCACGACUGGUCAACAGCAAAAUCUUGAGAAGAAUGGCAAUGGAAAGUUAGCCAAUGGAGGUGGAUCUGGCGUUGAUUUGGGAAAAAAAACUGUACACACCAAUGGGACCACUCUAAUAUGCACAGAAGAGAAGCAAGACUCAAUAUUGAGCAUGGAUGAGUCUUUGACAUCGAAGAGUUUGAUUUCUCGAAUUGCCAACACUUGCUUCGUAUUCUUCCUAAUACUUCUGCUCAUCGUUGCCAUUGUUAUUGUUCUGUUUGAAAAAUCAGAAGACUCGGCACACAACGAUUUUAUUGAAAGUCAUCGAGCGUUAUCGGACCUCAGGCAUUUGUACUAUGAGCCAACUCGCCACUACGUUGUCGAACAAUAUCGCAAGCAUUUUGGAGCAAAGAUCUAAUGAUCUUUAAUUCACAAAUCAUUUUGUAGAUCGUAACUUCUCUAAAUUCUAUAGUUCAUCACUUCACACGAUUUUCGUUUCUUUUAUAUCUAAUUUCCCAAAUGUAUUUUACAAUUUCUUUUCUUUUUCAUUUUAAGUUUAAUAUGUAACUUUUCGUCUAAUUAAAUAAUUCGUAACAGUUAUACAAAUUCAUCCUCUUCGCUGGUUUUUUCUUCUUUUUUAAAAUUCCUUUUCUUUUUCUCGCUCACUUGCUUUAUUUUUUCUCCCAGUUAUACCGAUGUACCCAAUAAUCAACCACCGCCUAAUGACACAAAAUUCCAAAGGGAUGAACCCCUGUCAAAUGCAUUCCCCUCAUCUCUUCCCGUAUCCGGAUAUCAAACGAAUGUAUGCUUUCCCCAGUUUUGAAAUGUUCAUAAAAGGGAUUCAUAAUUUAGAAA